AUGCGCCACACCCGCGAUGAGUCACCAGUUGCGUUGCCGACAAAUGGUUGGUUGCCUUUUAUAGUUCUAAAUGUGCAUUGUAUUAUUUCAGCCAAUGAUGUGUUGCUUUCGCACAUGAUCACUUUCCUCAAUGACAAGAACGAUAAACAGCUACGCAUGGCUUUCUUUAAAUGCAUUGUGGGAGUGGCCAUUUACAUCGGAGUUCACUGCUCCCCUAUCCUCUCUCCUCUGCUACAGCAGGGUUUAACCGAUCCAGAAGAGUUUGUGGUGAGAGAAGCUAUCAAUGCUAUGUCAGCUCUAACGGAACUCAGCCUGCUGCACAAACCUGCCAUGUAUGAACUGUUGGCUGAGACCGCCUGCUUCCUGGUGCAUCCCAGUCUGUGGGUCAGACAGGCAAUAGUUGGAUUCAUCAAGUCAUUGGCUAAAGUGCUCAGCGUUGUUGAUGUUCAUUGUAAAGUGAUGUCUCUGAUUCGUCCGUAUCUCAAGAAUCAUAUGAUUGAGCUUCAUAGAGAGGUGCUAGUGUUGAGCUCUCUGCACCCCAACGUACCUCGGGUGGUGUACGAUGAGGUGGUCCAUUGUUCAGAUCUGGACCUGUUUCUACACACUCUCGUCGAGAGGCAAAAGGCCAGGCACAAGCCCUCGCACAUACAGACACCUCUCAUGUCCAACCUGUCUGUGUCACCUAAGCAGAAUAACAGUAUUAGAGCGCUGUUUAGUCGGCUCACGUCAGAGGGUAUGACAGAGAGCGUGGAAGAUCAGCUGAUUGCCAUGUCUAAACACUUGCGCAAGAUCCAUAAGUACGGCGGCAGUGGUGAUUCCGGUCUUUCUAGUCAUGGAAAGAUUGACCUGGGUAGUCUGCGCAGCCCGGUGUCUCGUCACUCCAUACCUCUCAGUCGUCCAGACCAACCCAAGACUGACAGCUCGGUUACCAUGUCCAGGAGAGGUGUGGACGACUACAGCAAUAUGAGUGUGACCAUGAAUGAGGAGUGGCGACAUAUGUUCGGCACCUCGGAGCCUCCAUCCUCCUCCAAGCUGUCUGAUAUUGGCACAAAAACAAAUUGUACCAGUGUGGUGUCUAGUGAUAGCCAGAUCUCCCCACAGAGAAGUAUGGACACUGAAUAUAGCUUGCAGGAACGCUCCUACAUUCAGUAUCGAUACGCUCCCUGUAAGUUGGAGCUACGGAAGCUGAUCAACCGCCGUCAAGAGUUGUAUGCAAAUGCCACUAAAGCACAAGAGUGGGCUGAACACGAGGCCUGGAUUCCUCCCCUCCCCCCACCAGGCUGGAGGCUCAGAGGCACACUGGUUGCUCACCUCCACGAACAUAGAGCUGCUGUCAACAGGUUGGUGCCGAUAGCAGAAACUCCACUGUUUGCUAGUUGCUCUUCAGAUGCCUGCAUCCGUAUAUGGGACUCCGCCAAAAUGGAAGGCAGAAACAUUGCAAACAGAUCUCGCCAGGUGUUCAACGGACAAAGUGGGCCAUUAGUGGGUAUGACUCUAUGUCAUAACAACGAAUCCCUAGCCGCAAUCAGCAGCACUGGUGCAGUCAUGGUAGUGAGGAUAGAGGCCAACACCAACAAGAUGAACAACAUCAUGAAUCGUCAGCUGGAUCUCCACGAGGAGGGGGCAGCUGUGGACAUAAGCCACUAUGGAUCUGAAUCGCAGAGUGUUCUAGUCUAUGCCACGAUGCUGGGAUGUAUCAUAGGUUGGGAUUUACGGGCUCCUGGGAUUGCCUUCAAAAUGGAGAAUGACUUGAGAAAAGGAGUGAUCUCUGCCAUGUGUCUGGAUUCGAGGCAGUGUUAUCUCGCAUUGGGAACCAGCAGUGGUUACCACACUGUGUGGGACCUCAGGUUCCAGAUGCCUGUCACCACCUUCCCUCAGCAUCGUCUGGAUAGGUCGCCCAAGAGGGUGAGGCGGCUUGUGAGGCACCCGUCUGAGUCAUCGUGGCUGUUGUCAGCAUCGCAAGGUCACAAUGAGGUCACCAUGUGGAAUAUGGAAAGUGGCAACCGACAAGUGAUAUUGUGGGCCAGCCCUGCUCCUCCUCUCUCCACCACCCAGGCGAAUAUCCACAGUGUGUGUGGUAUGUACGCGGCUAACGUGGAUCGCUCUCCAUUUCUAUUGACUGCUGGAUCGGAUCAGAGGAUCCGAUACUGGGACUUAGACAGCUUUGACAACUCCAGGCUGGCGAUCCCUGCUGGCAGUGAUCCAAUGGGACUAAACUUCUCUUACAAGUGCCGCAUGAUAGAUGGAACGAAUGUGGUACAAGAGGUGCAGCCUAAACCACAGACCCCUGCCAAGCCCCUGGGGGGAGAGGAGAGCCCUCGUGCAGGUCCUGACCUGCCCCCGCCUGGCCACCACGACGGGAUCACUGAUUUAGCGAUGUGUCAGGCAUCUCAAUGCUUUUUGCUGAGUGCUGCCAGAGAUGGCGUAGUCAAGGUGUGGAAGUAGAUGGAAAAUUUAAGAUAACUGUGGACUAAGUUUCCAAGUAAUUCUCAAUUUAUGUAUUUUUAAAACACAAGAAUAACAAAUAAAAAUGUUAUUUAACUAGAAGACUGAAAUUUGUUACAUUAUAGCUUUAAUCUAUAAUGUAGGUUAGAAUUAUUUACUAACUUGUGAAUAUUCAUGUCAUUGUAAUACCUCAUUCUGAAUUUGCUCUUUCAAGCUGAAUAUUUUCUAAUGUAGCAUACUUUACUGUUAUUUACUUUCUUGUAAUAUUAUCACAACUAUAAAAAAAUGUUAUUUUCCUAUCUAUGAUUAUUGUUUUCAUUAACUGAAUUGCACCAAAUGUAAUUUAAUUGUAUUCCCACUAAGUAUAUGAUACUUAUUGAAGGAUUUAAUUUGUGUCAACUUUUAACACCAUUCAAGCAAUGCAAUUUCUAUAUAUUGAAGCCCUCAUUAAUUGUUGCCAACUAAAAUUGCUUCAAAAACACUGUAGCUCAUUGUCUAAGAGCAGGACUGAACCUAACUGUUUUAUUGAUCAUUGGUAAAAGUAAGAUUAAUAUAAAUGUGAUGUUUUGAAAUCUUGACCAAUUGUUAUGUUAAUAUUUCUCAUACUUGUCUAAACAUUUUAUAAUACAUUAUUAUAAGUUACAUAGUUGUAUUGUUUAGGAUUAUAGUAUAUUAACCCUUUUACAGAGGGAGUGACAUCUUAGGUUUUUUUAUGGACCUAGCAUUUUAAAGUUCAGAUAUAAAGUUAGAAUUGUAAAUAAAAUAACUUAAGUACAUUUUAAGAUUUUUAUAUUUUUAGCCUAAUCCCAAUUCAUUCACACAUUUUAUCCAAUAUAUUCUGUACUGUUUAAAUGAAUAUAAUUAUUUUGUAAAAAAAUAUAAUUUUAAUUUUUCAAAAACUUUACUAAUUUAUUUGAUCCUGUCUAGUCUGUAGUAUGACACAUUUUUUGUGAUCCCUUGGGCAAAAAUUGGCUUGUUCAUUUAGUCAGUGUGACUGCUCAUGUAAUAUAUCAUGAUAUUAAACAAAAUCAGUAAUCACCAUUGUGCACUAAAACUCUGCAGUAUAACUAUAAAGUACAAUAACAAAGAUGAAAUGAAUUGUCAACAUGUUAUACAGAUUGCAACAGAUAACAGAUUAUAUUGGAAUAGACACAUACACAAAUAUUGAUUAUGUCAGUUGUAUGUUUUUAUGACAUAACGAAUAUCUUGUUCUGCCAAGAUUUGUUAAGAAGUUAAAUGUAACUAUUAUUUGUAGUGAGAUCAUGGAUACUACCACCUGUGCAUUGAUAUCCAAGGUAUUUUGUUGUAUAUUUUAUUCCCUAUGCCUCGUCUAUCCAAAGAUGAAUUACAGUUACAAAAUUAGUUCCUAUAAGUUUGUAAAUGGUAGUAUCUUUGAAAGUAUUUGUGUACUUUGUUAUUUAGAAAUAAAUAUGUAUGCAUUUUUUAA